AUGCGUCUCUCUACUCUCUUCCUCGGUGCUUCUUCAGUUCUUCUCGCUGCCUCACCCGGAUUCGCGAAACCCAUCGACGACGGACUCAGCAAGAGGCAGUCGUACAGCAAUGAACGCAUGACCUACUACGAAGUCGGCGGCGCUGCCGGAGCUUGUGGUCAGACGCACUCUGACAGUGAACACGUUGUCGCUCUCAACGCUGCUCAAUACGGCUCCGGUGGAGAUUGCGGCCGUUCAAUCACCAUCUCGUACAAGGGCAAGUCGACCUCCGCUACCAUUGUGGACAAGUGCCCCGGCUGCCCCAACGGAGGCCUCGAUAUCUCGCCCAGCCUCUUCAGCUACUUUGCUGACGAGUCUGUCGGUGUGAUCUACGCAGACUGGAAGUUCAACUAA